AUGAAAAGUCUAAUUAAUAUCCCCCAUCAACCAGAUGCCAGAAACUGCUGGUUUUCAGACUCCAGAUUUCAAGCCUUAGACCGAAAGGCUAAUGGCUGGACUUUGGUGGCCCGAGUUACUGAAGGAAUAUCUCCAGAGUCAGACUUUGACGCUGAAAAAGACUUGUCUGAAGGUCCACUGACAGAGGUGGAGGUGGUGGAGGGAGGAAGAGUCCUGCUGCCCUGUGAGGUCACUCCUCCCAUAUCCAGUGACGAUACAAUUCUCGUUCUCUUCUACCGUGGCACCUUUGGCACUCCCAUAUACAGCAUCGACGAGCGGAAUGGAGCGUUGCGCGGCGGUCAGCACUGGUCUGACGAAGCAGUUCUGGGCGAUCGUGCGAGCCUCGACCUGUCAGCCAGGCCGCCAGGUCUGGUCGUUCACCCAGUGCGUGCCUCGGACCACGACCAGUACCGCUGCCGGGUCGACUACCGCUCUAACCCCACCAGGAACGUACGCAUCCAGCUGCAUGUGGUCGUUCCCCCUCGGAGGUUGACGGUGGUGAGUGAGGCUGGCCUGGAGGUCAGUGGCAUCAUCGGGCCUUACCCUGUCGGGGCCUCCCUCACACUACACUGUCGAGCUGAAAACGGUCGCCCUCCGCCGCAGGUCUCAUGGUGGUCCAAGGCGACCCUGCUGGACGACCUCAUUGAGGACAGACGAGGGGAGGUGACCCUCAACACCCUGACCUUGGAGGCCCUCACACGGGCUGACCUCUACCGCCUCCUGACCUGUCAAGCCGUCAACUCCAAUCUCUCCACUCCCACCGCUGUCACGCUCACUAUUGACAUGACGUUUCCGCCCGUAAGCGUGAAGAUCGGGGUACCGACAGACAGCCUGGCAGAGGGUGAACGCUACAGAUUACUUUGCGAAUCUUCCGGCAGCCGACCGACAGCGAAGAUCACCUGGUGGAAGGAUGGGAUGCUCAUGACGGAUGCCACAACACAGGUGUUCCAGGAGGGCAAUGUGAGUCGUUCAACCUUGCAGUUAACACCAAUUCUAGCUGACCAUGAUAGAUACAUCUCCUGUCGGGCUGAGAAUCCUCUCUUGACGUCACAAGUCAUCGAAGACGUCCUCAAACUGGACGUCCGAUACAAGCCGAGACUGUCCUUAGCGGCCGGACAGAAUUUGGACAUGGAGGAUAUCAAAGAGGGCGACGAUGUCUACUUUGAGUGUGGCAUCGAGGCCAACCCCAGGGUGUACAAGGUGCAAUGGUUCCAUGAUGGCCGGGAGCUAAGUCACAACGUGACUGCAGGAGUAAUCAAGAGUAAUCAGAGUCUCGUACUCCAACGGGUCAAUCGAGGCUCGACUGGGGAGUACUCCUGCUCGGCCUCGAAUCUUGAAGGAUCAGGAGAUUCCAAUUCCGUUCAGCUCAGUGUGAAGUUCGCACCCACCUGCCGGUCGGGCCAGAAGGUGGUGUAUGGCGCCGGCAAGAACGAACAGCUCAAUGUAACCUGCAGCGUCGAGGCCCAUCCUGAACCCACCGCCUUCAGGUGGGCGUUCAACAGCUCCUCGGAGGUGACGGAGAUCGCCAGCAGUAAGACCUGGGUGCUUGGGGACGGCCUCAGCCAGGUCUCCUACACCCCACGUUCGCAUCUCGAAUAUGGCUCUCUUCUCUGCUGGGCCUCCAACCACGUCUCAAGACAGGUCCAACCUUGUAUCUACCACAUUAUACACGCCUCGCCCCCGGACCCCGUAAACAACUGCACGGUGGAAAACAUUAGCUCAACGGGCGUGGGCAUCCGUUGCCAGGCCGGAUGGGACGGUGGGCUGAGCCAGACCUUCACCCUCUCGGCUAGCCACGCCCGCGCCCAUACCAGCGCCCACCAGGCCAAGAAAGACCCCCGGGUCCUGGCCAACACCUCCACGUCCCCUCGGCCGGAGUUCAGCUUGACGGGUCUUCAGCCCGGCACAGAGUACGUCCUGACUAUCUUAGGCGUCAACAAGAAGGGUCAGAGUGAGCCUGUUAGACUGGCUAUUUUCACCCUUAAGGACGUGGCUGAGAAGCGCACCAGUCCAGGCGUGGGCGUGGUUGGUCUAACGCCCAUUGUGGGCGUGGUGGCCGGCGUGGUGUCUUCAGUGAUGGUGACCUGCGUGGUGAUGGUGUUGGUGGUGAGGUCACGGCGCCGACGCCUGCCACGCCCAGAGGUCAAGAUGGUGUACGACAAGGGUGCCAGCAGCCCCUCACAGGUCAGAGGUCAACAGGCGCCCACCUUGGAGAAUGAAGAUCCAGACCUCAUCCCUGUCAAUCACGAUCAGCAGAUGAAAGAGACAACGGGAGAUUAUAUGGCCGAAGAUCUACUUGAAGAACAACAACAGCAACAGCAACAGCAGCAGCAACACAGGCUUCAACAGCAUGAACUUCAGCACCACGACCUGCAACAUCAUGAUAUGCAACUUCGCGGCCUGCAGCAACACAGCGGCGUGCAGGACAGCUUCGCUGACAGCGACCUGUCGACCGGCCGACCUGUCGACGGUGAUCUUCAGAGCGACCUGCAGCAGGCCGACCCGAUAGUUCAGCAGCCUUAUGGAGCGUAUUAUAUGAAUCCAAGCAGACUGCUGCGGCAGGCCUCACUACCUACGAGGGAGAACGACCCCCUGUUGCUCCUGGGCCACACCAUGGGUGCCGCCGCCACACCUGCAGGCUGCACCUCUCCCCCUGGGGGCUAUCCUCCACACCUGUCCUCCAGCCACACCCUAUCAUCCUAUUCCCAUGAUAUGUCUUCCGCCCCCAAAUCCCCUUCAUACCCGCACGAUAUAUCCGCUGUUCAUACGCCUUUAUCAUACCACCGCGACGCGCGCUUCCCUUCUAGCAUGUCGGCCUUCCCGAGGGAGGAGUGUCUGCUCCCGAGGGAGGAGAGUCUGCUCCCGAGGGAAGACAGUCUGCUCCCUCAUCCCUACAGCCACCACCACUCCACCACUACCCUCCCAAAGUCCUAUUCGAGGGAUCUUGUCCCAUUAUCCUACGCUCAAGGGAUCCCAUCUCGCGCCUUCGCCCAUCAUCGUCUGAGUCUCGGCAGGAGCGAUAUGUUGUCGUUGGAGCGGGUGUCGCCGGCCUUGUCGUCUAACCGACGUGGGUCGACGUCUAUUGUCACCCCAGAGAGAGAAUCGCCACUCGGCCCGCUGAUCGGUCCUCUCUGUAGGGCUGACGACAUUGACUCAAGCCAGCGAGAGAGCUCGGUAUAGUCCUGAACAAGGGCGGCUCCCCCUCCCACGCACCAUGAGUCUAAGAGUGAAGUUAAAGUCACCUUGAUCGUUGGUGUCAACAGCAGUCUCGAGUGAUGACCUGUUUCAACAGCUUCCAGAGGUCAGCAGCUUUAGCAGCGUCCAGGGACAGGCUGUCACAACAAUUUCGAGAAACCAACAGCUUGGAUGAGCAGUUAAAUUAAUCUCCAAGGACCAAAGAGCUCAGUUGAAUCCCUAAGGUGUAACAGCUUUCUCAGUUGAGAAGUUUGAGCAGCUGCCAUGAACCAGGGACUACAGCAGUCAACAGCUGAUGCAGUAAUCACCAGGACUAAGCAGCUGCAGCAGUUAAUUGGGCCCAACAGCCCUAGGAUCAAGUAGAUGCGUCUGCUGCACGAGGCUUCAAGAACCAGCAGACACAGCAGUCUUCAAAGCCAACAGCUGCGGAAAUCUGCGCAAACGAGCAGCUGCAAAAGCUUUCACGGAAGAACAUCUCUUGCAGUUUCCAUGGGUUAUCUCCAGCAGACGUCAGCUACAAAGGCAUCCAGAGGUUACAAGCUUUCCAGUUGCUCCAUCAAAUCUAGGAUCCUGCAGCUUCAGCAGCUUCACAAGAUCCGUAGCAACAGCAGAUUUCAGAGACUAGCAGCUGCAGUGGUUAACAGGGAUCAGCAGCUGCUGCAUUCAAUUGUGAUCAGCAGUCUGCAGUUACCAGCGACAUCUUCAGCAGUCUACAGUGAUCAGCAAUUGUAGUAAACUGCAGUGAUCUGCAACUACAACAGUCUCCAGAGAGCAUCAACUACAGCAGCCUCAAGACCCAACGAGCUGUAGCAUCAUGCUGACUCCAGACUCUACAGCAUCCUUCAUUACAAUAUAUUAUCCUCAUCCCAAGGGAAAAGGAAGCAUCCUGCCCCCCAGCUCAUCACCCCCCAGAACUCCUAACGUGAACACGUUUAAUGGCCGGCUUGGGUGACUACCCGUCUCUUGGUAAACUGUCUCUUUGUACCCGUCUCAAAGUAGACUGUCUCCUGGUACCCGUCUUAAGCUAGACAGUCUCCUGGUACCCGUCUCAAGGCUACUGUAGAAACAGGUGAAGACGUCAGUAACCUUGUCGACACACUCUGGGAUCCUACCCAUUAACAAACCAUUGGCUUUGAACGUUCCCUUCAGUAUAUUAGCGAUGGAUAAAUACAGAGAAAUAUUUUAAGUACGCGUAGAAAACGACCAUUAAUACUAUUUUGUACCCGAACAGACAGGUUAAACGGGAUGUUCCAUGAACAUGUUGUGAAAUUGUGGAAAUAUUUCUUGGGAAAUGUAACCUCCUCAUAAUGAGGAAAUAAGCUUGGUGGUAACGAGGGGAGCUAAUGAGUAGCUCCUGAGGGGAGAGAGGUGUAGUUGAGAUUGAUCAGGUUGAUGCACUUUUCUUAAGGAUUGACGGAUUGUCUACUGUUGCUUGGCGAUUGUUCCAGCUGACAGGUUGCGUCUGUCACUGUUGUUCCUACUGUCUGUUUUCUAUGUAAUUUUUCCUCUAUUACUCAUCCUGUCUCUGUCUUUCUCUCCUCUAUUACACAGUAAUUGUCUGCUCUUCA